UAGAGAUUCAUUUCUCUUUAAAUUUCUCUCUCUCUGUUUUCUAUUUAAAUAGAGCACAUAGCCCACAGCUUUUCCCCCAUGCAUUUCCUCCUUCUUCUUCUUCUUUUUCUUCACAUUCUCCAAAUUUUUCAUCUUUAGAAUUCCAUUUUUAUAUAGAGAUAUAUAAAUAGUAUAUCAAUAUGUCCGGUAGAUCUCGUUCGAGGCAAUCAAGUGGUGUAAGAAUCAGCGACGAGCAGAUCACCGAUCUUGUUCAUAAGUUGCAGCAGCUCUUGCCUGAGAUUCGUAAUCGCCACUCCGACAAGGUUUCAGCAGCGAAGGUAUUGCAAGAGACAUGCAAUUACAUUAGAAGCUUACAUAGAGAAGUGGAUGAUUUGAGUGAGAGACUUUCGGAGUUGUUAGCCACAUCGGACACAGCCCAAGCCGCCAUUAUUAGAAGCUUGCUCACUCAGUGACCACAUUUUAUAUAUAUAA